AAGUUAUGAAAUGGAAUGGAUGGGGAUAUAAUGAUUCCAAGUUCUUCUUCAAUAAGAAGGGCCAAGUUGAGUUGACUGGAAAGAGGUAUCCUCUUAGUGGCAUGGUUUUACCAACUUUUAAAGAUUGGAUCCAAAAUACCCUUGGAGUAAGUCUGGAGCAUAAAACUACCUCUAAAGCAUCCUUAAAUCCUAGCGAUACACCUCCCUCUAUUGUAAAUGAAGAUUUUCUUCAUGACCUUAAAGAAACUAAUAUUUCAUAUUCACAAGAAACAGAUGAUCGAGUAUUUAGAGCUCAUGGUCAUUGUCUUCAUGAGAUAUUUUUGCUCAGGGAAGGAAUGUUUCAACGAAUUCCUGAUAUAGUUUUAUGGCCAACGUGUCAUGAUGAUGUAGUUAAGAUUGUGAAUUUAGCGUGCAAAUAUAACCUUUGUAUCAUACCAAUUGGUGGAGGAACAAGUGUUUCAUAUGGCCUGAUGUGUCCUGCAGAUGAGACAAGAACAAUUAUUUCUUUGGACACGUCACAAAUGAAUCGAAUUCUCUGGAUUGAUGAGAAUAAUUUGACAGCCCAUGUAGAGGCUGGCAUAACAGGACAAGAAUUGGAAAGACAGCUUAAAGAAAGUGGUUAUUGUACAGGUCAUGAGCCAGAUUCCCUGGAGUUCAGCACUGUCGGGGGAUGGUUAUCUACUCGGGCAUCAGGCAUGAAGAAGAAUAUCUAUGGCAAUAUUGAGGACCUGGUGGUUCAUAUAAAAAUGGUAACACCUAGAGGUAUAAUAGAAAAAAGCUGUCAAGGACCUCGUAUGUCAACAGGCCCUGAUAUCUAUCACUUCAUCAUGGGAUCCGAAGGAACUCUUGGUGUAAUAACAGAAGCUACAAUAAAAAUCAGACCAAUCCCUGAGUACCAAAAGUAUGGCUCCGUAGCUUUCCCUAAUUUUGAACAAGGAGUAGCCUGUUUAAGAGAAAUUGCAAAACAGAGAUGUGCUCCUGCAUCUAUUCGCCUCAUGGACAAUGAACAGUUUCAGUUUGGUCAUGCUCUUAAACCUCAGGUUUCCUCUAUUUUUACAUCAUUUUUGGAUGGAUUAAAAAAGUUUUAUAUUACAAAGUUUAAAGGAUUUGAUCCAAAUCAGCUAAGUGUAGCAACAUUACUGUUUGAGGGAGAUCGGGAGAAGGUUCUUCAGCAUGAAAAACAAGUAUAUGACAUUGCUGCAAAAUUUGGUGGGCUGGCAGCUGGAGAAGAUAAUGGGCAGAGAGGUUAUUUGCUGACCUAUGUCAUUGCAUACCUCCGAGACUUGGGUUUAGAAUACUAUGUAUUAGGAGAAUCUUUUGAGACUUCUGCUCCUUGGGACAGGGUUGUAAAUCUCUGUAGAAAUGUAAAAGAAAGAAUAACAAGAGAAUGCAAAGAGAAGGGUGUUCAGUUUGCGCCCCUUUCUACAUGCAGGGUGACUCAGACUUAUGAUGCAGGUGCAUGUAUCUACUUCUAUUUUGCCUUUAACUACAGGGGAAUUAGUGACCCACUGACCGUGUUCGAACAAACUGAGGCAGCUGCUAGGGAAGAAAUUCUCGCCAAUGGAGGGAGCCUGUCGCAUCACCAUGGAGGUAUUCUUUUGUGGGCAAGUUACGGAAGCAAUGGCUAAAGGAAAGUAUCUCUGAUGUCGGCUUUGGGAUGCUGAAGUCUGUCAAGGAAUACGUGGACCCCAAUAACAUCUUUGGAAACAGAAACCUUUUAUAAGUCUGUUAGCAUUGUUACAAAAUAUGUCACUUUUCUUUUUUUUUUUAACUUUCAACUGUGGUUAUACCAGUAAUCAAAUAUAUUAUAGACUGUAUUUCUGCUACAUUUGUUGGUUUAAAAUGUUUGUUUUCAUUCUGUAGUUUGUUUUGUUUCUGCGUCUAUGGAUUGACAGAUGGUAUUCCUAAAUCUCUCUCAUUGCAGGUGCAUCAGUUUACAGCCAAUUGGUUGUCAUGUCAAAUUUUAGUCAGGCAGCACAAGGCUACCAGGUAUUUCAGAGGAAGAUUCUCCCAGCUGUUUGGUAUUGAUGCUUCCUCUUGGGGAACAAAGGUAGAUUUUGGAAUCAUCUAUUGCUUAUCUGACCUCUUUUUUGAAAAACUGGUUCUGGGAAGCAGGUAUCUAGUGAAGGGUUACAUUAAAGAGUGAUACAUGUGUACAUUUUCUAAGAGUGUAUUCUAAUGUGAGUAGAAAAUUAAGGGAGGAUAGUCAUGAAAGAAUAUAGGCAACCUGCUAUUUAAGAUACUUUCUCAGUUUUUUAAGAUCCUUGGCCUACCUUUUUCUUUGAAAUUAGUAUUUAGUUAUAAAAGUUUAAAUCAUCACUAUCAGUAUACAGACUUUUCUGUUAGGGAACAUGUUUUUGUUCUCCAUGUUUCCAUUUCUACUGAAAUAUGAGUUAUCUUUGUAUUAUUGAAAUAACUGUUAUUAUAUCCUAGUUCAUUCAUAAUAUGUUUUAUAAGAAAAGUUGACUUAUCACACAUUAUACAUGAAGAACAGAUUUACCAUGAAGUGAAUGUCUUUAUUCACCUUAGAGUACUAAUAUUUCAGAUUUCAUAUUCUUGUGGCUGAGAUGCAGAAGAAGCUACAAAGGAAAUGGAAGACACCUUACACUUAAUAUCUCCAGUUAAAAGAAUUGUUUGGCUAAAGAAACAGUCAUCAUUCAGCUAUUGAAUUUAAAGACUCAACAGUUUUAAUGACAAAUUUUUUUUUAAAUUAACCCAUGCAACAUGAUAAAUUUUCAUAUAAAAGUAGUUUCAAUUUAGUUUUUAUUUAUAGUUUAAUGCCUUUUGUGAAUUACUGGUUUAACCUAAAUUUUUUAAAAAAUGUAUUAAUCCAUAUACCAUAAUCAAAAAACUAGAAAUAUCCUGUUUCUUAAAUAAUGAAAACAUUAAUCACAUUUAGCAAACAUUUUUACAUUUAAACCUAGAUAUUACUAUAAGUAAAAUGAUUACUUUGAAUCACUGUCUGUCAAGGUUCAUGAUUCACAUUUUGAGAUGGAUUCUUUUCUUAAUGCAAUACCUAACUUUUGAUAGUUUUUUAAAUUAAUAUUUGAUCAGAUAAUGUAAGUCAAAAUGCAGACAGUCCUUUACAAGGACCCUGUCUGUCUGUGUAGCAACAGCUCCAAAGUAUUUUUGGGCAGUUUGAUACCUUUUAUACCUGAAGUAGCCUUAACCAGAAAAGUGAAAUUAAAAUUGACAAGAUGAUAUUUUUAAGACUUCAAAAUGAUAAAUAAUUUUUACUAUUAAAAUUGUCUUCAAAUGACUAAACUGAAAUCUGUAAGCAAAUCAAAAUUAAAUGUUGGUUUAACAACAAAACUAAAUAUUUAUUUUUAGAAGCUGCCUCUCUCUGUUGGUGAUUUAUUUUUAAUUAUAAAAUUUCCAGCAGGUCUUUGCUUAAAGCCCUUGAUAUUUGAAAUAGUUGGAUACUUGAUGAGGAAAUUACCUCUAGAAUUAUAAAUAAAUAAAUAAAUAAAUAAAAUAACUCAGCUUUAUAAAAUGCAUCUAUUCAUGAUGGUAACUUCUCUAAUUGGUGAUCAAAAUGUAAAAUUUAACAAGGUACUAAUAUCUCACUGGAAGUGUAAACAUGUUUCUGAGUAAUUUUUUUUAAUAAAACAGAUUCAUAAGCAGACCCAUUCCUUUGCUUGUGAUUGUUACACCAUUAUUUCCUUUCCCAAGGAGUUCGUAUUUCAGCAACGUCAGAAAUCUGUAUUUAAUAUUAGAAAAUUAUAUGGUGUAUAACACUUGGUUGUGUUCACUGUCCUACAGAAACCUUAUGGAAAUUAGUGAUUUAUGUCUUCAUUUUUCUCCUCCCCCCAUGUAUGCAGGACUCCCCAGCCUUGAUUUUAUAGUGGUGACUACAUUCUGUAGCUGAAAUCAUUUCUAUAGGGAUCAUUUUGAAACACAAAAACAAUCAUCAGUACUAUUUUUUCUGAUCUAGUGUCAGAAAACCUUCCCCCAAACUUUCACACACCUACUUUUGGGAGGUGCCUCGGUAUGAAGCCUCAGUAUAGUUAGUGUCUGUGGAGGACUGAGUUCAUUCAUACACACAGAAGCACUUAAACUAUUCUUCUUAUUUCUGACAUAUCUGAAAGUGGCUUCAUAAAAGUUAAAGCUAGAAGAACAUUGUUUAUGUGAGGCUUAACUCAUUUUGAAUAAGCUUAUUUUUGAAAUCGAAAGUCCAUACCUUACUUGGUUUUCAGUAUUGCCUAAUACAGACUUCUCUUGAUUUGGGCAUAUUUGUAACACUUAAUCUUGAUGAUGUCAUACUUGGGUUGGGGUUUCAGUGGGUGUGGGAACUUACUGCUGGUUGAGAAAUAACACUGAAUACUAAAGACUCAAUAUGAGCAGACCUUGGAGGAGCAGUUGCCUUAAUGUUUGGUACAGUUUAUAGUAGCACAUCAAUGAGUUUAGCCUUAUUCUAAGUAACUGUUUUUAUUUAAUAAGAAUUAUGGGAGCCACAUGUUUGUUGUGUCCAGCAUUACCAUGAAGAAAAAGGAUUAGGUUCUUUCCUCUUCUGAGACAAGGGGCGUUUUUUUUUUCCCUAAACGUGCAUACGUACUCCAGUACUAUUACUUAAAAAGUCAUCUAUGAAGAUGGACGCUUUCUAGUAUGCAUAGCUAUGUUGUUUUGAAAACAAAAGCACAAUAAAGGAUGAGCUUCCAUCAGUGUUUAUAUGAUACCAGGUAUAGAUGGUUACAAGAAAACCUUUUUUUUCUUUUUAAAGAAUAUUCUAUUAGUAGCUACUAAAUUCCAACUUGCAUUUUUGAAAAUGCUUUUCUGCAUGUUGGCUCCAGAGAUUUUCUUGUCAUAUUCUUUCUUAGCUACAGCUUCUUCACUGUAGCUUAUCAGAGAUGCUCUGUAGUCCCAAGCUGAAGUGUGGUCCUUCAGCUAUCCAAAUGGGACAGGGCUUGGUUGACCUUCUAUUCCAUGUAAAUAUUAGGACACAGUUAUUUUCUAGGUAUUGAUUUGCACGCUCUAUAUGCUGGUGCUUGAGGGAGCCAAAAUGAAAUGCAGUGGAAAGCAUAUCAACAUUUUUAGAGACACUGAGACAGGAAUUAAGGAAAGCUUUAAUAAUUUUUUGUUUACCACUUAGUCAGAUUUUAGUAACUUGGAUUUUAAUUAGGGCUUAGCUGAUGGUGAGAGAAAUGUGGAAGGUAAAUGAAGCCAUUUUAGGGUGGAAGAAUCCAGAAUGUUUAACCUUGGGCUUUAAAGAGUUACAGAGGCUUGACUUUCUUCACUCUCGGCUUCUUGUUUCCAAAUGAGCCAUAUGUCAAUAUAUUCCUUUAAUUCUUACUAAUUUAGUUUCCUGAAAAGGAAACAUCUUGUACAUUGAUGCUGAAAUCCAGAAAGUGUGAAAAGUUUUCUUUAACUGUUAAAAUACAGUGUCUGUUAUGAAAGAUAUGUUACUCAGCCUUCUACUCCCUAAGCCAGUGUUCGUCUUCCGUGUGAAAUUUAACUAUAAUACCUACAUGUAAAGUCAGGAGAUUAUAGAAACAUAUUAAUAAAAUGGACAUGGAUCUAAUUUUUUUUCUUCGAAUAGAGUGUGAAGUUGUUCAUUCUGUUUGCAUAUGAGUUUUUCUUUUAACUUCAGUUUUUGGUCUUCAUUUUUCCAUCCAUUUGAAAACUUAUUUUUUUGUAACCUUAUUGAUGUAGCAUAAUCAAGUGUAACCUAUGUCUAAAUCCAUUUGGAUUUAUAGCUGAGCAUAUUGUUAGUGAGGUUUUAUUAAUCUCCAAUAAUUUCUUAAAUCAAUGUUGUAUUCCUAGGAGGUGUGUAGUCUCUUAUGAACCUGAAGCAUUCCUUUUUGAACCUCAAAAGAUUCUGAAAGAAUGAGCACUCUUGUUCUCUAACCACAAUUAAUUCCAUAACAAACAAGAGUAAAGACCUCUAAUAGAUAGAAUAUUCAAGCCAAAGAACCAUCACAGAAUUCAGUAACUUUAGUUCUGUAAACCUGAAAGGGUUUUUUUGUUUUUUUUUUUUUUUGGUUCCCAAAGGAGAUUGUUUUAUGUUUUCUACAAGAAAGAAAAAUAAUAAUAUUAAGUGUCAUUAAGAACAUUUUUCAGAGACUGAAUUCCAAGAGAGAGAGAAAAGGGGGGGAAAAAAAGCUAAGCUGUUUUAGUAUGGAUUUCUAAGUAAUACAUAUACAUAUUUUCAA